UAUGAAAAAAAUCUCAAAAGAAUAUUUGUAAGGCCGUGAACCGGACAACCUGGAACCUAUCGGAGUUCAUUCGGAGUAAUUAUAGAUAGAUCCUCAGUCAACUAAAUGAACGAACAAACAAAGAAACCCCUCUUUCUCCUGUUUAGGCGAUGAAAUCUCAACAACUAAUAUGGAUCCAGUCUUUUGUUUACGUCAUUUUAAUCUCAUUUUGCUUGUACUUAAUCCAAACCUUAAUCUCUCCUAAAUUAUUAUUAGCACACCUUAACAACAACAUCAUCCUCCGUAAAAAACAGCCCACUCUCCCUCUUCGUUUUCGCUCCGAUGGAACUUUUAAAAUCCUCCAGGUGGCUGAUAUGCACUAUGGGAAUGGGAUAACAACUCGGUGCAGAGACGUGUUAGCUACUGAGUUUGAUUAUUGUUCUGAUCUUAACACAACUCGAUUCUUGAAGAGGAUGAUUGAGGCAGAGAAGCCUGAUUUUGUUGCUUUUACUGGUGAUAAUAUCUUUGGGACAAGUGCUUCUGAUGCUGCAGAAUCGCUGUUAGAAGUUUUUAGACCAGUUAUAGAAUCUGGACUUCCUUGGGCAGCUGUCCUUGGAAACCAUGAUCAGGAAUCCACCAUGACUCGUGAGGAAUUGAUGUCUUUCAUAUCUCUCAUGGAUUAUUCAGUGUCACAACCAAACCCAUUAGCAGGAGAUACCAGAGAACACCGACGGAAUGACAUUGAUGGUUUUGGGAAUUACAAUCUUCAAGUUUUUGGUACAUUUGGUUCUCCAUUGGCAAACAGCAGUGUCCUUAAUCUCUACUUUCUAGACAGUGGAGACAGAGCUAUCGUUGAUGGAAUCAGAACAUAUGGAUGGAUUAAGGAAUCUCAACUUGUUUGGCUACGUGGUGUUUCUAAACAACUACAGGGUCAAAAUCAGGAUUGUGAUCAGUUAUUUGGCACUUCUUCUCAUGUUGUGCCUCCAUCACUAGCAUUCUUCCACAUUCCUAUUCCAGAAAUCCGCGCAGGGCCUUUAGAAUCUAUUGUUGGCGAGUAUCAGGAAUAUGCAGCCUGUUCAUCUGUGAACUCUGGAGUUCUACAGACUCUGGUCUCCAUGGGCGAUGUAAAGGCUGUUUUCAUUGGUCAUGAUCACACUAACGACUUCUGUGGGUAUUUAAAAGGUAUAUGGUUUUGUUAUGGUGGCGGCUUUGGAUAUCAUGGUUAUGGCAGGGCUGGAAAACCAAGACGAGCUAGGGUUGUACUAAUGGAACUUGAGAAAGGGGACAAGGAAUGGAUGGGAGUGGAGAGGAUAAAGACGUGGAAGAGAUACGAUGAUGAGAAGUUAAGCAAGGUUGAUGAGCAGGUCCUGUGGGACAUUAGGUCUUCAAGAUGACUGUGAUUGCACUUUUCCAGGAUAUGAAGAUUCAAGAACCUUCUAGGUGUGCUUACUUUGGAGGUGUGCAGUGCUCCGGAUCUUUUUACAAGCUGGAUAAUUUCUUUUUUGUGAGGAGGGGAGGGUGCAUGUUGCUCCUUUGUAAUUUAUUGGUAAUGGAUAUAGGAAAUCUAUGUGUCCGAGGUUUCAUUGAACUACUUUUGUUGCCCUGUCCAAAUGAUAUUCAGGAAGCUGGGAAUUCUUCCACUGUUCCUCAUGUAUGAAGUUGAAAUGACUGUACUUCGCGGAAAGAAAUGAUCAUUUAUUAAUAUUCAUAUAGUUUACGUAA